AGAAUUCCGCCGCGCGGGCAGCUUGAGAUGUAGGAACCUGUAAUAUUAAAAUUAUCGUUGUUUCCGCGCCAGGUAAAACCGUAUUCUAGCCGGGCCCCGCGUCGCGAUCGUAGCCCCAGGGACCCGGGCGCCGGGCGCGCCGGCGCGGCGCAGCUCAGAAGCGAACGGUACGGGUUUUUGCUCUCCUCUACUAGCGGUUGCCAACGAAGACACUUGCCGCCCCUCACGGCCUCAGGAGGGCGCCAUCGGGAAGCUUGCGGAGAGCCCGCAAACCCGGCGCGCCGGCGCUGUGUGAGAGCCAGACGCGAGACCCGGGCAGCCUCGCACGAUGGCGGACGAAGUCAUGACGGUGCGCGUCGCCUGCGCCGGGCGCGCGACGGCGCACGUCCGAAUCCCGGAGCAUGCGGACCACGCGGCGCUGAAGGCGGCCGCGGGCGCCGCGCUGGGCGAUCCCUACGACCUGCGCCUCGCCGCGCCGCGAGCCCUCCGGCCCGGCGACGACCCCUGGGCGCCGCUCUGGGAGCGCGAGGACUGGGGCGCCGUGCCGCUGGUACGGCAGCUCGAGGACGACGACGGGUGGCGGGCGGCGCGGACGAGUUUUGCGCGCUUCGCGGACGAGCGGUACGCGCGCGAUGCGCGCGCCGUCCUCGCCACCAUCGAAGCCGGGGUGACGGGCAAGGACGCAUGCGCCGCCGCGGACGCGCUCGACCGGUGCUGGGAGUUCGCGCACUGCGCGCGGAACUUCGGGGUCAUCAAGGCGUCGGCGGCGCUCGCGGAGGCCGUGGCGGCGCGUCUCGCGCAGUUCUGGCGGCGGCGCUGGGAGCACGGCGAGGACCGGGCGCUCGAGCGGUGCUGCGUGGCCGCGUGGAAGUUGGCGGAGGCCGGCGCGGACGCGGCGCUCGUCGACGCCGGCAUACUAGAACCGCUCGGGGAGAUGCUGGCGCACUUCGGCGAAACUCUGGAAGUGACAGACGCGCCGCCGCCGGACGAGGGCCUCUGCCAGGCGUGCCUCGGGUGCCUGCGGGACCUCGCGGGCGUCUCGGUGCUCGCGCGGGCGCUGCUCGGGCGCAACGCGUCUGCGCUGGACGGCCUCGCCGCGCGCUUCGCCGCGCGCGAGGCGCCAUCCGCGGCGCAGCUCCGACUCGCCCAGACGAGCGUCGCCUGCCUCUGGGCGGGCGUCGGCGCGGCGUACGGCGGGGCGGCGGACGACCGCCGCUACUACGCGGAACGCGGCGCGUGCGCGUCGCUCGCUCGGCUCGUCGCCGCGACGACGACGGGGGCGCCGUUCGUCGCCGUCUACGGCGUCGCGUGCGUGUGUAAACUCGCGAGCGAGCGCGACGCGCCCGUCGGUGCGGAAAUCAACCGGUGCGUCGGUGUUUAAGCUCCACGCUAUCGCGCAGAGGCGCGGGGCUACAGCGGAGACGUGGGAUUUCUACGCACAGGCGCACGCGCCCCUCCUCGAGGGCGUCGACGCCGCGCUGGACGCCGCGUCCGCGUUCGGCGCCGCCGUGCUCGUCGCGAGCCCGAUGCUGACCGCGCGGGAGCGCGAGCGGGCGGUGACCUUCGCGGCGCGCGGAGUGCUCGCGCUCGCGACGCUCCACCCGCUCGCGGACCGGCGCGUCGCGCGCGCCGCGGCGGCAUUGUCCUCCGGCGGCGGCGCCGCCGGCGCCAGUGUCGUCGACGCCGCCGGGGCCGUCGAGGCGUGGCUCCACGCGAUCACGCGCGGCGCCGCCGAGGGCCUCCGGGCCGAAGUCGUCGCGGACGCGGCGUGCUGCUGCUUCGAGGCGUUGGGCGCGCUGCUCGCGCGGGGCGGCGCCGGCCGGCACGCCGCGCGCGUCCUCGGCGACGCGCUGGCCGUGCUGCGCGACCGCGAGGCGGAGCGGCGGCCGCACGGCCUCCAGGUGGUGGUGGCGUGCGCCGAGCUUGUCCGCGCGUGCUGCGCCGCGGAGGCGACGGUCGCCGUGGCCAUGGCCACCGACCUCUUCCGGGAGAUCUGCGCGCUGGCCGCCGACGAGACGCCCCGCGGGGCGCCGCGGCCGGCGCGCGCGCGGCUGGCCGCCGCGCUGAUGGCGCUGGCCGGGGCAGCGCCCGUCCGGGAGGAGUCCGCGGCGAGGGCGGCGCUGCGGCGGUUCCGCCAAAAGCGCGCCGCGGCGCGCGCGUUCGCCGGCGACGUGCACAUUCGCGCCCUGCUGGACGAGCUGGCCGGCGGCGCCGACGAGCAGGCGCGCGAGAAGCGGCAGCGCGUCCAGGCGGCGCGGGCCGGGCUGCACCGCGCGCUCGCCGAGGACGCGGGGCGCGCCGCUUCCGACGACGCGGACGACGCGGAGCUGGACGAGGCGGCGCGGCGCGACGGCGCGGCCGGCUGGGACCCGCCGCGGGCGCGCCUGCUGGCCCACGCGCUGUGCGCCGCCCUCGCGGCGGACCCCGCCGGCGCCGGCCCCGAGGCGGCCGUCGCGUCGCGGCUGCUCGUGGCCCUGGCCCGGCUCGCGCGGCGCGUCGACGACGCGGCGGCGCGGGCGCCGAAGGCGGCCGAGCGAGUCGUCGCGGCCCUCGUGGACGGCGUGGACACGCUCGACGCGCUGUGUCGCGCGGUCGUCGCGUCCUGUGUGGAAAUCAAAAUUUUACGGCGCGUUCGUGCUGAAUCGAGCACCCGACGCACUGGUUGAUUUCCACACAGGUCGCGUCGAGCCGAGCCUUGGCCAAGGGCGACGCGCAUCACGCGGAACCGCUGGUGUGCGAGGCGAGCGCCGCCACGCUCGAAGUACUGGCGCGCCACGCGCCGCUGCGGGUCCUGGCGUGCGGGGCCGCGACGCAGGCGUUCGUGUCGCUCGCGGAGCGGUGCGCCCACCCCGGCUUGCGGGCCGCGCGGCGGAGUUUGCUGGAUCUGCUCUGGUUCGGCGUCGCGUGCGCGCCGUCGGUCGCCGAGAAGCACGCGUUGGUCGACGUCCUGCCGCCGACCGGCGCGGCCAUGGCCGCGCUGGAGCGGCUCGCGCUCGGCGACGAGGAGGCGGAGGCCGACGACGCGCUGAAGACGCAGGCCGCAAAUCUCUUGUACUGGCUCGCGUACACGUCCCGUAGACAUCUCGCGGCCUGCCCCGGCGUCGGAGGGAAGCGCUCGCGCGCCCCGUCCGGCCUGGUCGAGCUCUGCGCGCGGGCCCUGGUCGCGGGCCGGGACGCCGCGGCUCCCGUCGCGCUGCACGUGCUCGCGAAGGCGACGGCCGCGGACCCGCGGGGCGCGCGCUUGGUCGCGGACCGGCGCGCGGCCUGCGCGGAACGAUGCGGGCCGUUACUGGCCGCGAUGCUGCUGGGGCGGCGGGGCGAACACUUGCGGGGCCCCGCCGCGGACGUGCUCCUCAACGUCUCGGCCGAACGGCGCGCGUGCCGCCGCGUCGCGCAUUGCGCGCUGGACCCGCUCCUGGCGCUGGCCGAGGAUCCGGAGGUCGACCCCGAGUGCGCGAGUCAUACGGACGUGCUGCUGGCAAACCUCGGCCGGGACGCGGAGACGCGCAACCUGAUCCACGUGCGGCGCUUGCAGCUCGACAACGCGCGCGCGGACCGCGUCGGCCGGCGUCCCUCGGCGUCGGCUCCGAAGGCAGUCAAGGCGGGGACCGUGUCGGCGUCCCUCGCGUCGGUGCCGUUCGCGAAGCGCGUCGCCUCCGAUCCGACGUCACUCGUCGGGAGCGCGCCGCUCCUCGUCGGGCCGGAUGCGGACGCGCCGCGCGACCACGCUGCGCGCGACGCACCGAGGACGCUGCGCGGGCGCCUCCGCGACGAAUGCGUCGGUCGGCAUCUCGCCGCGGCGCGGUCGCCGGACGCGGCGCUCGCCAGACCGCCCGACGACGCGCGCGCCGUGCCGGCGCUCGCCGCGGGGACGGACGCGUCGAGCGCGGCGCGGCACGCGCCGCGGCGCGCGGGCUUCGCGGAGGGCCGCGCGGACCCCACGACGUGGUCGCCCCGGACGGAGCGCCUCGGCCGCGGGACGGUCGGCGAGAAGAGCGUCGUCCUCGCGCCCACGUGCGGCGCGCAGCUCUCGUUCUCGUUCCCGAGCGCGGCGCGCGCGCCGGCGCACCACAAGCCGGCGUCGCGCCUCUUCGCGUUCAAGUCCGUGCGGGGCGCGAAGAUGCGCGACAUGUUCCCGACCUUCGAAUUCCCCUCGUCGCGCGGCCGCGGCGGCGGCGACGAUGAAUACGACGACGCCGCGUCGGACUGGCACCUGUGCCACGAGGACCGCUACCGACCUCCGAUCGUCGACCCGGGACCCUGGCCCGCGGUCACCAAGGCGCCGCGCUGGGCGCCGGACAGGAGCCCCGAGUCGCUUUUGGGCACGCUCGGCGCGCCCGAGCCGCCGACCCUCGACUGGGACGCCCGGCUGACGGACUGCGUGGCGGCGCCGACGUGCCAACAACACUACCUGCCGUCGUUUACCUCCAGGGAGGUGGACUACGACCGGGCCCGGAGGAGCUGGGGCGAGCUCGACGACUUUGCGCUCCUGAUCCGCGCGACGCUCGUGGCGAAGCCCAAGCCGAAGGCCGCGUCGCCGGUGGCGAAGGUCGCCAAGUCGGCGUGGAAGCUGGAGACGUCAAUCUUCGCCCCCCGGAGGCGGGAGGCCGACUGCCGCGGCUUCUGGCACUCGAACAAGUUCAUGAAGCGGCUGCUGAGCGGGGACUGGACGCGCCUGUCCGCGCUGCCGCGGUUCGAAAACCUGAUGAAGCGUUUCGGCGGCGGCGCCGCGGAACGAGCCCUACUGGGGGGCCUCGAGAAGAUGUACCGGAAGCUGCUGAGCGCGUUCGACUACUACUGCAUUGUCACCGAGCUCGACCCGAUGGACAUGGCCAUGGGGUCCUGGCUCGAGUUCUGCACGGACCUUAAUCUGCGGGGCGAGGCGCCGGGCCAGGUGUCGGACCAGACGCUCCAGGGCAUCUUCGUCCAGGUCAACGUGGAAGUGGGCCAGGCCCGGGAGCUCGCGCAGGCGAACGACAACAACUCCCUGAUGCGCCUCGCGGCGCGGAGAUCAAUUGCGCGGCCGCCUUCCAUGGAGCACCUUCGGAUGGCGUCGACGGUCUCCGCUGCCGUAAUUUAGCCAACGCGACCGCGUCGUCGUCGCCGAGAAAUGAGUUUGUGAAGAAUUCGCGGGGGCGCCCGCCCGACUCACUGGUCGAUGUGCGCAGGCGCUUCGAGUUCAUCGAGGCGAUCGUGCGGCUGCUGGGCGCCGCCUACGGCCUGGAGAAGAAGGACCGCCCGGCCGGAGACGACGGCGCGGCGGCCGCCGAACGCGCGGCGGAGGACUUUUCCACGCGGCUGGCCGCGCUGCCGGCGGACGCGCGCGACGACCCCGACGACUAUCGGCGGGAGCGCCUGUACACGGAGGCGUGCUGCGACGCGUUCUCGAGGCACAAGCGGUUCUGGCAGGAGAUCCACCGCAUCAUGAGCGCGAUCGCCAUGGACGCCGGGCGGCCGGCGUUCAACAUGGAUCGGUGGCUGGAGCUCACGGAACUGACCGGUAUGCGCACCUCCGAGACGACGCUGACGGAGGCCGUCAAGGCGUACGUCGUGUCGCGGACGCGCUUUCUCGACGACACGGUGUUCAAGUUCGAGCUGCUCGACUUUGUCUCGUUUCUGGAGGCGAUCGCGCGGUUGGUCGAGAUGACGCCCGUGCCGUCGAAGGCCGCGCUGACCGAGCUCGGCGUCGACCAGGUCUCGGAGUUCUACGAGCGCGUCGCCGCGCUCAAGGAGGCGGUCGACGGCGACGAGGACCGGCGGCGACUCUCGCGGCUGCUCGCCGAGGACGCGGACCAGGCCCUCUCGGAGAAGCUCGAGCUCAUGCUGCCUUACAUGCUGCAGAACCUGACCAUAUCUACGAACGGCGCGUAUCGGACGAAAAACACGCACGCCGGCUGCGCGGAAAUCAAAUCUGAGUUCGAGUGCGCCCCCACGCCAUCGACGCGGACCACUGGUUGAUUUCCACACAGCUCACUACCGGUCAACUUUCUCUCCGUCGACCAGCGGGCGCGGUGGACGCAGCAAACCCUCAUCGCGCGGCCGGCCUUCGCGGCGCCGGCCCUGAAGACCGUCGCCUCGGCCCUCGGGCGCCUCGGCACGCCGAAGGAGGGGGCGCGGCCCGGGUAGUGGUAAUGUGAUUGAUUGGG